GUGAAGAGAAGCUUUGUUAUUAUUAUUAGAGAACAAAAACAAAGACUACCUCUUCCAACCAGAUUUUCCUAUAUUUGUGGGGUGCUACUACAAGCUGUAUAGAUAGAGACUUUUCUUUUCUUCAUUCAUUCAUCCGUUUUCUCUUAUCUUUGCUAUGGGAAAUUGUCAAGCUGUGGAAGCUGCUGUUCUUGUGAUUCAACAUCCAUGUGGGAAGAUAGAUAGAUUGUAUUGGCCAGUUACUGCUAGUGAGGUUAUGAAAACAAAUCCUGGUCACUAUGUUUCUUUGAUUAUUCCAUUACCUGUUCUACCAGAAGAGCAGAAUCAGGAGCCAAAGACUGUUAAGUUUACUCGUGUUAAGUUGCUUAGGCCUAAUGAGACUCUUAAUCUUGGUCAUGCUUAUAGGCUCAUCACUAAUCAAGAGGUGAUGAAGGUGUUGAAGGCAAAGAAGCAUGCAAAGAGUAAGAAGACACAAGAAGAUGCAGUGCUGUUAGAAAAGCAAGGUUCAGGUUAUGAGACAAAGAAAGGAGAGGAAUCUGACCAAGGAAACACAUAUAAGGGAGGCAGAGCAGAGAGACACAAGCAAAGGGGAGGGUCUACAAAUCCUGCUGCUGUACAGAGGUCAAAAUCUUGGCGCCCCUCUUUACAAAGUAUCACAGAGUCACCAAAAGUUUGAUGAUGAAAACUUUUAAUAUGGAAAAUGGCUGAUAGAGCCUUAAUUGACUUCCUCUAUAAUGUUGGAUGAUCCUCAUCGAUGGUUCCUGUUAAAUGGGAAUAAUGGAAAUUCAACUGAGGUUUGAACAACAUUUCUCUUCCAUUAACAAAUGAUACAUUCUAGCUGCAAAACCAUGAUAGAAUGAGUAACAUGUUUGUAUAGCACCACCAAGAAUGGAAAAGAAAAGUAAUGAAUGUACAAAUCUAUUAGAAGUGAGUUUGGUUUUUGAUUUA